AUGGCUCCCCACAAGUUCUGGUUGAAGCGACAGAUCACCAUCGACCUCCCUGACUUGCCCGACCUCCCUGGGCUCCCACGACCAGAUCCUGAAUCCUCGAGCACCACGCCCGCGGAAACGUCGACUCAGCCAACCAGCACGGAGGCUUCCACUACCAACACCGGUCGACCCUCCCAGACACCCACACCGAUUCGGUUACUCCUCCUCCUCCCCCCCCCUAUUACCGAUACCUCAACCCGAGCCACCCCUUCGCCGUCCGUCCCAGCUCAGGAAGAGCCUGAGGAAGAAGAGAAUGAUAUCAUUCUCAUUCAAUCCUCCGACCCAGUCAACCGGCCUACCGAUUCUGUAGCCAUUGUCGACCUUCCAGCUACUACCGUAAUCCAAAACAGGACUAUCACGACGGAUGUUACAAGCUCUGCUAUUCCCACCAACGUGGGUGCUGCAAAGAAUUCCAACGCCUUCUUGGACAAUAAGGUCCUCUCUGGCGUUGUCUUCGGCAUCUGCGGUCUCGUUGGGCUUCUUCUCAUUCUUUUGCUCGUUUUCUUCGUCACCCGCAAGACUAGGCGCAACAGGAAGCUGGAGCAAGAGAUCAUAUCCUGGGACCCUGACCACGUCCAGACCUUUGGCAAUGCCAGCGGUGGCUCCGACGCGAAUGGUGCCAUAGGAGCUGGACGUGCCAAAGACGAUGAUGGUCGGUCAAUCGACUCCUUGGAUGAGAAGAGCAAGACGUCCGGUAGUCUGGAUGGUCACUAUACCUAUGCGUUGCCAAGCACUACGUACAAGGGCAAUCCUAACGCGGCAAUCCCUUCUGCACCAUACUCGAACUAUGGUCAUCCUCAGCCUGUCCAUGUAGCUCUCCCUACCUAUGGCGCUCAACAACAGCCAUACCAGUCAUGGUGA